AUGGACGCCGCCGGGACUACGCCAGACGAAACAACUAGUCUCCUUAGAAAUCAGAAUGAUUCAGUCAGAGGCAGGGACGACAGCAGCUCACCCGUUCGCAGGCAAAGACUCCUGCAGAAGAAUGUUGUCCUCCUCAUUCUUGUUUCAAUCCUUCUUCAGGCCCACUUGAUCUUUUUCAGCAACGCUUCAACAGAGCUCAAAAUACGACGGAUUUGCUAUAAACACACAAAACACCACCACCCUGAUAGGAUUGGGCCCGGCGGGAAAUUAGCCUGGUUUCAUUGUCAUCUCGAAGAACCUGUAACGCAACCGUUCUUGGAGCUGGUGAAAUGGGAGAAGCUGCUAGCAUUCAUUAUCCUGCUCCUUGUGGUUGUUCCUUAUGGGAAAUUCGCCGACUUUCGUGGCAAGAAGAAGGUCAUAACUCUGGCCCUGGUCGGUCAGCUAUUCUCGUGCCUUUGGACCGUUGCCGUAGGUUCGUGA